AUGGCAUCCUUGGGUAGCAUCCUGAAGUGGUUCCAAUAUGCUGGGCCAGGGCUACCCGGUGCUACACAUAGUGGUUUGAACAGGGAGAGUCCCAUAGAAGCCGCUCAUCAGCAAAAGCUUCGUCUGACAAAAGCCUGCGUGGAGGAAGACAUGUCUGCUUACUUGAUGCAAACAUCAACAGUCAUUAGAGUCAUGAGCUCAUGUCCUACGCGUGAUACCACUACAAUCGAAGCAAACCACCACCAGCAAACACCAGAGAGCCAGAGCAACUUGUCUUAUAGCCGAGGUUCAUAUGAGAACAAUCCGAGUUACCAAAUCUUACGUCCCGAACUUCGAGAAAGGGCAGCAGUUAUCGACAAAUACUUAGCGUCAUACCCAGUACAAGGUAUCCGGCUGCCUGAUCUUGAUGAACCAGAGAGGAUAUCUACACGUAUCCUGGGUCCUGAAUACUACAACAAGCGCUUGUACCAGUUGAUGUUCAAGCCGGAAAUGAGCAAAGCCUUGUGGAAAUACGCAACGACAGUUGGUCAAAUGAAAGCAGAAGAGACUGUACAGCCUUUCCCCGACUACGUCUCCCGCGUUCUACACGAGACUGCAAAUUAUGCCACUCUCAAGAAUCUGUCACAGUUCCAUGGCUUAACGGAACACAAAUCUAUAAACCUAAUCAUGGGCCACACCAUGGAGCGCCCGAACGAAAUGAACCCGAAGUUCAAGGCCUUCAGGCGUGCAAAUCGAAUGGGCCAGCCAGAGGAGCAGGAGGUCGUGGUAGAGGGAGAUAACCACGAGAAUACUGAGGCUAACUCGCUCUCCGAUACGAAAGCAAGCUCAGUAUAUGCUACAAGCUCAGCAGCAGCCAAUUUGACAAAUGCCCCCAAGCCGUGGCACCUUAGUCACCCUGGGACUCAACAACAUCAAAAUCAAUUAAGUCGUGGAAUAUGGCAAAGAAUUACAACAGACAGCGAUCAAUAA